CCCUGCGAAAAAAGGAAAGGAUUUUUUUUUUCUGCUCUGUUUGUUGGACUGUGAGCGACGUACAGGGACAGACAGAGAGAGAAAAUCGGACCAAUUUUGGAUGGCUAUCUGUAGCGCGCAGGUGCCACUAACAGGAGGAACAAUUUUGCACACAGAACAAAAGCUCGCUCCCCGGUGUCGAUUAGAGGCUAUUGGAAAUCUUUCUCCGGUACUGCUAGCAUGGACGGAUUGUUGGCACUCGGAGAGUGAAGCCAGUUCAUUCUCUAUCCCUACGGCAGAGGAUAAGCAUAUCGCUGGGGGAGGAUAACACAAAAAUGUAUUCGAUAAACCGUAGUAGCGUAGGACGAUUCGAAUGCAUCAAUGUACUAGCAAUGCGAAAAUUCGCUCGGUGAAAUGAACAACUUACCGAAGAAAUUGGGGUGACCAACAGAGUAAGCAACUUCAGUGUAUGGUGUGAAGUGACGAAGAAGAAAUAAAGUGCUUUAAAUAAAUGGUUGGAGGUUAGCGGGAAGGUUCUUCGAGAAAGCGCGAGAGCAGCCACACGGAAGGGGUGUAUACAAAUCCAACAACAAUAACAUCCCCCAGAGCCUUGUGGAAAAUGAUGAGACGAAUCGAGAGAAGCACAUAAAUUAGCAACAGCAACAUCCAGCUAUUACCUCAAUUUUCCAAAAAAAAAAAAGAAACAAAUUUCAACAGCAACAACAACGCAGGCAAAUACAGUUAUAGCGAGAAUUGAGAUAAUAUUUUGCGAGAGCAAAAUACACCGUCGUAGCAGAGGGAACCAUCCACACAAAAAAAAAUUGUAGACCUCUACUCGCACUACCCAACGCUUCGAAGGAAUCGCACCGAAGGAGUCUAGUAACCACAGUAGCCGAACUAACCGGAACCAACCAACGACAGAUCAACCGACAGGAACCAUGUCGCUGGAUAUCGAAGUGCCGCAUGUCAGAUGCCCCUCGUUAGGUGUCCUCAUACUGACACUUAACUUGGCGCUGUUUCUGCCUCAAACUAUAAAUAGGACACCACCAUACGUGCUCGCGGGGACCGGUGGUGGCAGUAUGCUAGGGGAUGUAAAUAUUUCGGCAAUUCUAGACUCGUUUAGCGUUGGCUAUGACAAAAGAGUAAGACCAAACUACGGAGGACCGCCGGUUGAAGUGGGAGUCACCAUGUAUGUGCUGUCUAUCAGUUCGCUGUCUGAAGUGAAAAUGGAUUUCACAUUGGAUUUUUACUUUCGACAAUUUUGGACUGAUCCACGUUUAGCUUACAGAAAAAGGCCGGGUGUAGAAACACUGUCUGUUGGAUCUGAGUUUAUUAAGAAUAUUUGGGUACCCGACACGUUUUUUGUAAACGAGAAACAAUCAUACUUUCAUAUAGCGACUACUAGUAAUGAAUUUAUAAGAAUACAUCAUUCUGGAUCUAUAACUAGAAGUAUUCGAUUAACAAUCACAGCAUCAUGUCCAAUGAAUUUACAAUAUUUUCCAAUGGAUAGACAGUUAUGUCAUAUAGAAAUAGAAAGCUUCGGAUACACGAUGCGAGAUAUCCGAUAUAAAUGGAAUGAAGGCCCCAAUUCAGUCGGAGUCUCGAGUGAAGUAUCUUUGCCUCAGUUUAAGGUUUUGGGACACCGUCAGCGUGCUAUGGAAAUCAGUCUCACAACAGGAAAUUAUUCACGUUUAGCAUGUGAAAUACAGUUUGUACGUUCGAUGGGUUAUUAUCUCAUUCAGAUUUACAUACCAUCCGGAUUAAUUGUAAUCAUAUCGUGGGUAUCAUUUUGGCUAAAUAGAAAUGCUACACCAGCACGUGUUGCAUUAGGUGUAACCACUGUCUUGACAAUGACAACACUGAUGUCGUCAACGAAUGCUGCCUUACCGAAAAUAUCUUAUGUAAAAUCGAUUGACGUAUAUUUAGGCACAUGCUUCGUCAUGGUAUUUGCCAGUCUGCUGGAAUACGCCACCGUCGGUUACAUGGCGAAACGGAUACAGAUGCGCAAGCAGCGCUUCAUGGCAAUCCAGAAGAUUGCCGAGCAGAAAAAACAACAGCAGGCGGAAGCCAACCAUCCGCCUCCACCGCCUCCGGUCAGCGAUCACAGCCACACCCACGGCCACGGUCACGGGCACAGCCACGGCCAUCAGCACACACCGAAACAGCAGAUGGGCAGCCGUAGCGGUACGAUGUCCAAUGUGCCCCCCCAUAAUAUCGCGGGAUCACGAGGUUGUUCUAUUGUAGGUCCACUGUUCCAAGAGGUGCGCUUUAAGGUGCACGAUCCUAAGGCGCACUUCAAGGGCGGCACGCUGGAGAACACGAUCAACGGUGGGCGCGGUGGUGGUGGACCACCGGGCGGUGGUGGCGGACCACCGGGUGGUGGCGGAGGCGGACCGGACGAGGAAUCGGGUCCUCCACAGCACCUGAUACACCCGGGCAAGGACAUCAACAAACUGCUGGGAAUCACGCCGUCGGACAUCGACAAGUACUCCCGUAUCGUUUUCCCGGUCUGCUUCGUGUGCUUUAAUCUGAUGUACUGGAUCAUUUAUCUGCACGUGAGCGACGUAGUUGCGGAUGAUCUGGUGCUGCUCGGUGAGGAGAAGUGAACGGAUAGGACGAAGCGACGAUCCGGCACGGUAGCAGUAGCAGUAGACGGUGAAGUGCGCAAGUCUCAGAAAAAGCUUAAAACUAACACACUAGAGUCAGUCAGGAGCUAGGAUCGAACCUAAACACACUUAAAGAAACACACACCGCAGAUACUUGUAUAGAGCAUGACAGGAGACACGGAAGGUAAGCGGAAUGAGGAUGAAAACAUAACAACAAAAGUAUAAGAAAUUUUUAGGGUUUAUUUUUACCUAUUUACAGUUUCGGUUCUUUUUUAUACGUAUACAAGAGACAAAAAAGAAGAAAGAACACUAGAUUUUAUCGUUAUUGAUGAUUAACAUAGCGAAGUAACGAGAAAUAUUCCUAAUUCAAAACAAAAACACAUAGAGGCACACGUGUGGCAUGCAAGAAUAAAAAAAAGAGCGAGGUGAAGAAGUUAUGACUAGGUGAUAAGCAAACUAAGGAGCUAAUUAGAAAAUGCAAAACAAACAAAAAAAGGAUAUCUUCACUACAAAACAAAAAAAAAGUGAAUUGAAUGAGUCUAGGAACGAAUUAAAUUUUCCAAACUACUGAAUCCGAUAACAAAUAACACACCCACACAAAUUCACAGAAUUCAAGUUAUUAUUAAAACAGCGUAGGAAAAAAAAAGUUUUCGACUUUCAAAAACAAUGUUAGUUCAGAAUUACUCGAGGUCCCGGGAAUAAGCAGCUUAGGCAGGACCACUGCUUAUACUGUUCAAAGAAGACGAGAACGAGGAGACGAAUACUGCAAGCAGAUAUUUUCUAUAAAAGGCCGUAGUGUUUUGGUUGUUCUGUUUAAAAAUUAUAAUAUGUAAAGUACUAAUUAAGCAAUCGAUGUAGAACUCGAAAUCUCGAACAGGAAGGAGCGAAGAAGGUUUAGGAUUGGAGUUUGGUUCACGUUUUCAACAGUUGCUCACACUCGGUACUAGCCGGUGCUAGUGUUGUCAAGAUGCAGAAAACCAAAGCGACGUCACUAUAAACAACAUCGUCUUCUGGUAGCAGUCUGGAUUGGAGGAGCAUUAAAUUGCCUCCUGGGAGCUAGUGAGUGAAAGACAGCAUCAUAAACUGCCAAAAAUCAUCUUCUUCACAACAGGCAAGUCACACAGCGAGACGGAGAAUGGCAAAAAGGAUUCAACCAUCGGAAGAAAGGAGGUCACUAGGCGGAGGCAGGGGUCGGUCCUAAUCAGUGAGCGGAACAAAAUUCCACUCAAUCUGGAACGAUGCCAUUUCCUAGCGGGCGUACAUGGAAGGACGAUUUUUGCUGCUAGUAUAUUUCAGCUAUCAAGGAGAGGAUGAUGGCAAGGAUGUGUAAUAAUCUUUGCCUUUCACAACACGACUCCCGGGGGAGCCGGCGUCGUAGGAACCCUCCAUUAAAUCCUCUCAUAAAAAGUUCCCACAACCGGCAAACCAUGAUACAAACCGAACCAGAAGAAGAUUAAUAUCGUCAGAUAGCGAGCGGGUACUGGCUGACACACAGAGGCAAGCAGACAUGAGCAGAGCGGAAAAGGUUGGAAAAGUUAAUGUGAAAUUAAUUAUUAAUUAUUAUAUUAAAAGUUAAUUCUCCGAAAGCUUCCAAUAUAUUUGCCAAAAAACUACGAACGAAAACCAAUAAAAAACACACACAAAUCGAAUACGUGUAUAGGUGCAACAGCAAAUAUUGAUUUUUGUGUUGUUAAAUGCUUUGACUUUUUUACGUAUCAUUCCAAUUGCCAUGCUUUGAGCCGAUUGAAGCAACUAAAAUAUGGUACGGUUUUUUAAACAGUAGAAAGCGAAUGCAUAGAUAAGUAACAGCACAUAUGGGAGACGGAAACCGGAUUAUUGCCACAGGAAAAAAAACACACACCCUACUCACAGAAAAAAAUACAUUCUCUAUCUUUAUGUAGAACACUUUUAACUACGUACCCGAGAUCCCUAACAAACAAAUCAUCACCACAUUUGAUAACCCAAUUUCGCUCCGGUCCAGGGGGAGGAUAACACACGAAGAGAUAGCAAGCGACAUCCUUUAUAGUGAGUUUAUAUGUUCGAACAGAGGCAGUAAUACAGCAGAAAAACGUAUCCCAAUGGUGAUAAUUUUUAUACUCAAAAAAAAGUGAAACACAAGAGGAAAAAUUGUUAUGUAUCGUUCUACUCGAAUUCGUAGAUGCAAAUUAAUAUUGGACGAAGUCAGCGUAAAACCCAAAUUACUCGAGUUCACCUUAAAUAUAGAUCAGCUGCAAUUAAAAUAAGGAUUACCAACAAAAAAAAACAAAGGGGAUAUUCGCCAGCCAUGCACGCUAACGUUCAGUACGUACGUGAAUUUAACGAACAAAUAGAGGCAUUCUCAGUAGGCUCAACCAGACCAGGUAUUCAGAAAAUGUGAAAUCAGUACGAUCGAAAUCAUCAAAUCAUUGACAUAAAACAAAAGACAAACGACUAGACAGACGGACGGACAAACAGUUGUAGAAUUGGUGAGCGUACCUAGUCAGUUCAUUUUCCGGAAUUUCGAAUCGUUUCAAUUUGAAAUACGAUAUAUUUCGAAACUGGUUAUGAAUUCUAAAGACACUGAAACCCGCUGGUAUAAAGACCCACUAUAUCUAUCGUUUGUUUACCAUUUAUCUGACAGUGUCAUACCAAUCGAGCACGAGACCUGUCAAAAGCUCUCAAUCCGAAUCCUUCUCGAAUGAGGACUAUUGACAGAUCUUGUGCUCGAUUGGAAUGACACUCACAUAUAAAUGGUAAACAAACGAUAUUGACGGUAAAAAUUUCUACUUGAGGGAUUCAGCGUCUUUAAUGAAUUCCAGCAGCGGCAAGAUUUCGUCCAGUCAGUUAAUUGUCGGAGUACCUGAAAGUUUUUAUUGAAGUCUAGAUCGAAAUAGUUCGAUGUUGAUGAACCAGGUGGUUCCCACUAAAAUAGAUGUAAAGGCCAGCAGCAAAUUGGCGUCACUUGUUAGGGUGUAAUUGAAGCACAGAAAACAUAUAUUAUUGUAUUCAAGUAUGCACGGUAGGUCCGUAUACCGAUCGCUGGAAAUUUUCUAGCCGAUCGUAAUACCGGCUAGCGGCGAGUUGAGGCACUGAUCACUGACAUACAAGUCAAGUUUUCAAUGUGAAUAUGAAAAAUAGCUGUCGUUUAAUUCCGAAAAAUUUGAUGUAACCGGAAACUCUGCAUACUCUACGUUCGAAUCUUUCAAUAAUUCUGGCAACAAAAUUUAUGUUUUUUGUUGCUUGCUGCUGGAAAUGUUUUGUUUUGAUUUCAUCGAGCACUGAAACUUUCAAAACGUGAAUUUCGAGCAAUUUAAUUUUUUAUGACAUUCCAAACCAUUCUUAAGCAAUGUUAGAAAUUCGAAUCCAUUCCGAACUGAUCAGUGCCAAUCUUUAUCAAUUCGUUCACAAUUAUAAAUUAUUAGUUCAUGUCAUCGAUGUGUCAUUCCCCUCGGUGUGAUGGUGAUUUGUCGCUUAUUUUUGUUCGAAUGCUCACACAGGUUUUGCGGAUUAUUUUGUUCUAGAUUGUACGUCUGUUCUCUGUGGUUGAAGCUCGACUAGAUUCUGCCUGUACCCACUCAAAACAGCCGGAGUUCUGGCUGAGUAUUCCCGUAAAUUUCUUAUGCAAACAUCUCAACUACUUACCGAGAAGUCCAAAAAAUUGAUGCCGUCCAACGUAACACCUUCAUUGGAAGCAUUUGCACCAUUAUUUGCUAGGUGAUAGCAAAUGACCCCCGAUUCAGUCUUCCUGGCUGUCGAUAAACAUUUUUCAAACAUUUCUAUUGCGUUGGUGACAGUUGGUUUGGCCGCAUUCAACAAUCGCACCAAUUUGGCGUGCGAGUAGUUCGGAUUAUCGCGAUGCACGAGCAAUAUUUUUCUCUAUUGCUCUUCUCGCUUCGAUGCCAUUUUCACAAUUAAAGAGCAAAUGCCACAAUCUGUAAAAUGAGGGAUGUGCAGGUUUUUUAAAUACACAAAAGAAAAAAAUGCGUCAAGCAUGUGUACGAUGACGAAGUCAACUAAUAAAUCGACUUAAAAUGAUUUGUACUGCGAACCGUGUUCAUAAAGAAUGGCACUAUGUACACUGAGAACUGACAUACAAGUGAAGUUUUCAACCAGUGUUAGAAAUAAAACUGUCGCUUUGAAAUGACAGCAGCAAGUAGCAACUUGCCACUGUUUGGCGCUACGAUCAGUCAGCAAUCAUUAUACGGGCCUUGCGUGCAAACUUGGAUACAAUGGUGAUUCACGCAUGCGACCCUGCAUGCGAUGGUGAUUUUCAACGUAUUUUUAUUUAAAUGUUUACACAGGUUUUUUUCCGGAAAGCUUAUCUGUCUGUUCUCUGUGCUAUGAAGCAAUGAUUACAAGUACGGAGUUGACUUAUCGGUCAACUUCGUGCACGGGAUAAUUUUCGUGGUAACACCAGAUCUUGACCGUACUUGCAGUUCUAGGCAACUUUGUAUCAAAAAUACGAAUACCAUUUACAUUCAAUAUAUCCUUCGAGUUCGUCGCACGCAAUUCACCGGUUAUUUUUUUCCUCGGCGGAAGAGUAUUUGUUUGAUUUGAUUCGGAUAAAAGUAAUUGCAGAUAAUUUAUGGUUUGGUGUCGGCGGGUGGAUUAAUUGAUGUUGGUAGACUCGCUGUGUUUUUGUUGUUGCAGGCGUUUUUAUUUAACUAAUCCCGCGCAAGGUUUCCGUAGUGUGCUCAGAGUUUACAACUCUGACACAUGGGAGACUGACUGUCAUAAGUACACAGCGUAGUCGAAGCACAAGUAGAGUUAGAUAACAGAGUUACUAAGGAAGGAAUAGGAUGCUUCAGCCACUUCCUCACAAUUUGUGAACCGUUUCUGGCGCCCAAUAAUCCAUUAUUCAUUUCUAAUGGUGAGCACUUCUCGGUAUUGGAGCAUGGAUUUGCAAAUACACCGAAGACCAGUUUUUAUCAGCCCCUUUGAUUUGGUUGUUGUUGACAAAAUGGGAGAAAUGACGAAACAUAUUUAUUCAUUCACUUUAAUAAACCGAAGCUGAUAAAAUAUACAACAUUAGUCGACAUAACCUUAUAAUUCUGGCUGGCUGACGAAAUCGGGGCGAAAAUCUGACACAAUUGGUUGGUUAUAAAAACAAGUUUUCACUGUAGUGUGAUCAUGUAUAAGCAGGGGGAUCAAGUACUUCGAUUGCGUUAUCGUCAUAAUAUAUAGUGAUCUUAACCCCACCAUUAUCACCCUGAACAAAGUGUUUCUUAUUGUUAUGGGAACCUGAUUAUUCUGUAAAGCUGUAGUUGGCAAAUCUUAUCAGUACGACUUCGAUGAACAUUUUAUCUUUCAGAAAACGCUCUACUUCUCGUUCGGAGGAUCUGAUUUCUUAAUUCCGGAAAUCCACAACGGCUGUAGCAGUCCCGUAAAAAAAACUUCUCACUAUAACUGAUGGUCAUCGCGAUCAACACAAUUCUCACUGUCGGAGCUAGAAGAACGAUACUUGAGUUCUAUAUUUAGCACAGGAACGAGGAUAACGGUACUUGCUUUUAUAUACCUGUCGCUCUAUCGGACCUGGGAAUAUUCUCCUCAGAUUUUUGGCAGUCAUGAUACAUUACACGCAAGCUAUACCACAAUCAAUGAAGAUUUCAAGCUGUUAGAGAUAUCUGCCAUCCCCAAUUCAGCGGAUUAGAUGAAAUAUUUUGAGAACAUCUGCGAAGGACCAGCGAAUAGUCUUCAGCACUAAAUAUACGUCAUUUAAGUAAAGCAGAAUUGUCAACGGUCACAAGUAGCUACCCUGGGCUAUUCCUGAUGUAGAUUUAAAUGUGGAUUCCUUGCAAUCUGCAAUGACAACCUUUAUAUCGAUCUGUGAGCUAGGAUCGAAACAACUGGAAAAACUACUGUUGAUUUCAAAUCGCUCCAUUUUAGUGAUUUUUAUAUCAUGGUUCACCCUAUUAAAGUGGAAGAUAGGUCGGUGUAAAUUGCAUCAGUUUGAGCGCGACGUUCCAUACUCCCUGUUAUGUAGGAUGUUAGACACGACAAGUUAUUGGCUGUUCAACGUCGUACUGCUUGCAGUGAGCCUGAAAUGGUUCCAUAAUCGCCAGUUCGAGUCAACACUUAAUAAAGUUAUUCCACGAUAGUUACUGAUGUCCCGCUUAUCUUCCCUUUAAAGUAGAAUACUUCCAACGAUUCAAUAUAGAAGCUGCGGUUCAAAAUUUUCCGGCCGGAAUUGAACCCGAUUUUUUUAACGUAUCUUCCAUUGAUCU